GUCAAGCCAUAUUUCACUCCCCAGCAACAAAUGACCUCACCUCCUUCCUGGAGAACUGGUAAUACACCCCCAAAGAGUAGUGGAACGUCAUCGGCAGGCAAGUCCAGCUCCAAGCUGGAACAACAAAACAGGGAAAACGAAAACAAGAUUGCCGAGUUAUUAGAGGAGAUGUCACGUCACAGUGAGAAUUCCAGGUCACAGAUUGAUGAAUUGGAUAUGUUUUCGGACCCGGAGGCUGAAGAUAUCUCCAUAGCUAAUGAUGAUGAGGAGGAGAGUCAGGCUGCACUGAGGAUAAUACAGAUGGAGUAUGUAUCACCGGAAGUGAAGAAGUCCGACAACUGUGGGGCGCUGGUCCGUGUCGUGACUUCAGAUAGAGAACUCUUCAACAUCAAGCUAGAAGGAGAACACAUCCUGAACUCAUGGGAAGUGGUUAUUGAUAAGGAACUUUCAGAAAAGUUGGCUGCAGAGGAUAUUUCCAAUUUCAUACUGGUGGACCAAAACGGUGAUCCCUUGGAUUUGACGGAGAACCCCACCCGUGGCGAACAGACAAUCUAUGUUAGGGAACCUGACGCAGAAAGUCCCUGGAGUUGUCAGGGCACUGUUAUACAGAGAGCUAAUUUUUACUAGUUCUGGUCAGAUGGACAACAUAUAGUCUUGGUUUUCACUUAGACAUAAUCCUUAAUAAAUAUUAUGUAAACCAGUGUUUGAUACUAGUUUACUUGAUAACUGGUAUUGUCAAAUAAGUACUUCUUUUUCAUCAAUUCUUCUGAUGAGUCUUGAUCACAAGGCUGUUUUUUUCUAAAUGAAAGAAAGAUAUCUUAAUAUGUUCUAUGAAUUACCCUACAGACCACCUGUCUAUAACAACCGCCUGUCUAUAACAACCACCUGUAUAUAACAUCCACCUGUCUAUAACAACCACCUGUCUAUAACAACC